AUGGUCAGAUUCCCGACAUCCGCACCAAUUCGAUUGGUGUUGCUGGACGCCUUUGAUACGCUCGUGACACCGCGAAGCGCUCCGCAUCUGCAAUAUGCUGCAGUUGCGAGGGAGCAUGGCCUGCAAGUAUCGGACGAUGAUGUCAAGACUGCAUUCAAGCAAGCGUUUCGGUCAACGUCGGAGCAGCAUCCGAAUUACGGUCUACAGACCAACAUCGCAUCUCCCGACGAAUGGUGGAAGCAGGUGAUCCAGCGCACGUUUGCUCCUCAUCUGCAUUCUCAAGUCACUGCGGAACAGUAUGACAGAUGCAUCGAGUCGCUCUCGUCCCGUCUCGUCACUCGAUUCGGCACCAACGAGGCGUAUCAUUUGUUUCCAGACGUGGUUCCCACGUUGCAGCAACUCUCCCAUUUCGGAGCCAGCAACAAUCUUCCCAUCACGAUGGCACUUGCCACCAACAGCGAUCCGCGUAUCCUCUCGGUGCUCAAGAGCUUCAACCUGGAUCGUUUUCUGCAACUCGACGUACACGCCACCGCGACAGCUCCUUCAACUACCGCGGCCGCGCUGCAGCCGCCGCCGACACUGUCCUACUUUGAAAAGUGCGCCAAACCAGACCCACGCUUCUUCCACGCCGCCGUUCGUCGAGCCUCAUCUCCGUCAGCGCAGCUAGAACCCGCCAAUGUGCUGUACGUUGGCGACCAGUUGCACGAGGAUUUCUGGGGAGCUGCCGACGCUGGUUUGCAAGCUGCGUGGCUGCAACGGCCCGCCACAUUGCAUAGCAACCAGCCGUACCAGCAGGUGCUCAAGGACCGCAGCUCUCAGCAGGAGCUCCAGUAUGCCAGGCAGAGGACCAUACCAAGCCUCUCGAGUCUGGUCGAUAUCGUCACGCAGAGCCACACUCGGUUCUUUGAAUAG